ACUGCUUGUUUCAAUUGUCGUGCAUCUAGACUAAAAUGCGAUCGCCAGAGUCCAUGCGUGAGAUGUGCCUCUCAGCAAAAGCGAUGUGAAUAUCCCCAAGUUUCCAACCGAGGCCGCAAACAAGGAAGUUACUAUAGCAAACCGGAUACUGUCGAGAAACUCCUGCAGCGAAUCAAUGAUAGUCCUGUUGGUGAACAAGUCAUUGCCGCCAUCCUUGCUUCAUCUCGAAAUCUGCAAUCUUCCAAUUCUGCUUCGAAUACUAUCGGUGGAAGAGAUUCGACAGAACACACACCUGAUACCGAAGCCAUUUCUGAGGCAUACACUUCUGUCAAGUCAGAAGAAUACGUGCCAGAGUAUAGUCCCACAAAUGGUAAUGCUGGGAGCUCAUUGGUGUCGCCUCUACACAUUCUCGCUGAUGCCGUGGAAACUGAAAGGCUGGCAUCUUUGAACCUUCUAGACUCCGCUCCGAAUUUGGGACAUUAUGAAGAGCCUCUGCUUAGCGACACAAGCAAUGCAUGGCUUUCUCGGCAAUCCACUGAAAGAUUGAUUAAGUACUUCAGGCCCAGCUCUGUGUUCCAGAAGGACUGGCAAGUUCUGGCUGCACAGCCCCUCAAUGCUCCUGUGAGGCUUACGUCCUUGACCUGCGACCCCAUUAGUUCUCGCAUCAUCAACGACACCGAUGCCGAAAGAUAUUUCGACCUAUAUUUCAAGAUCCGGAAUCCACUCGUGUGUCUCUUGGAUCCCGUCCUUCAUAGACCAGAAAUCGUGCGUCCCUUAUCGUUCACUUUGUUUUCUGUUAUUUGUGCACUAGGAUGCGCAGUCGCCAAUACACAACGAGACAGGGUGUUGUACCCUUCCCUACUAGCUCUGGCAGAGUGCAACAUCAAAUGGUCAAUAGCAACGUCUGUCAAAUCCGUGGAGACGGUCCAAGCUAUUUUCACCAUGGAAUACUGGUCUCCAGUCCAUGAAACGCAAAAAGACGAUCCAUAUUGGUUGCACAUCAGUCAUGCAAUUUUGCUAGCGAGAGAGCUGGGCCUCAAAAAAGAUAAGGCUGUAGAAGAUUUGGUCUCAGCAUACACCUCUCCUACGGCUAGCUCAGACUUUAAAGAGCGGUUCCGUCGAAACAUUGAGAGAACUUGGCUUGCUGCAUUCUUUGCAGAAAAGAGCUUUGGUAUUGUCACUGGACGCGUCAUGAAUGUCGGCCGAUCAGAGAUCUCAGAGUCAAUCUUCGACUGGUGGAAGAAGCCAAUGGCGUGUCCCUUCGACCGCGUCACUACCGGCGUUGUAGAGAUGCGUAUCUUACUUAUGCAAUAUCUAGAAGAGCGACAACAAAUGACCAAAACACGAGAACUAAUAGAAGACUGGCAAGCCCGAGGCUUCGAAGCCCUACAAACCCUUCGCGAGAAACGAUGUAUUCCCGACACCUCUGCAUCGUCCGAAUACCUACCCAUUCUCGCUCACUACAUGGAUCACAGCAUCUUGGUGCUAAACGCCAAUGCUCUAAGAGACUUUGUUGCUACCAAUGCGAUGCAGUGUCUAGCCAACCCUUGCAAGAUUUCCCGCCAAACUGUGGAUGUUGCUUGCAGGUCUUUGACACUUAUUCUUUCUGAUCCGGUGUUGCUGAAACAUAUGUAUGGGACGCAUAAUAACAUGCUUAUCAUGAUUUGUCAUGCGCUGAGCGAGAUUUUGUUUGCCACCACCCGCGGAUGCCUCCCACCGGAUAUGAUGGAAGCCGCAGCCAAUAAAGUCCGCGCCGUAACCACACAUCUGGAAACAUUAGCGCGCGGACUACCAAGCACCUCUGCCGCUUCUCUGUAUACCACGCUCUCUAAUGUCCUUUCCAAGCAGCUUGACAAGUAUAUCUCGACUAGUCAGGCUAGUACGGAGGUCAUGCAAGAGUCCAUACCAACGGAUUGGUGGAAUGCGCUUGGGGGUGAUAUGCUU